GCCCCUUCUUUGCUGCCCUCCUGACUUUCGUAUCCCAUCAUUUUCACGAUGAAGGGCAUCGUCAUUAUUAGCGCGAUUGCGCGCAUUUCGUACGCGUGGGUUGACCCCAAGCCUUCCGUUACCGACGCUGUUGCUAUGAAAGAGUUGGGGCUGGCAAGAGGCUUCAGUCCAAAGCCAACAACAGCACCGAUGCAUCGGGACUUGCUACGAAGACAGGGCUCGACCCAGAUCUUGGGCUACCUCGCGCCGGAUAAUACGUGUGGCUAUGUUGACGGAAUCAUCGGUGCCGUGAAAACCUGUGACCCGACCGAAAACUGUGCCGCUGUGCUUGGUACCGAUAGCUUCUACACGAUGGGAUGCUGCGGCACAGGGCAAUGUACCAUGUACGGCGCAUGUUAUGACUAUGCAUCCAUGUCUGCGUGCGACCACACUUGCCAGCAAGACAUAAACAUCGUGAAGUGCGCGUCCGCUGCUUACCCAUACUGUUACGGCUAUAGUGUGCCUGGUAUGAGCAUGGGCUUCUAUUCUUGCGACUCGGUCAGUGCCUCAACAUUCGACGUGUUUGAGACAACCUUUAGUGGCGAGACCAACGCGAAAACUUGGACAGCGCUGCGAGAAUCAGACUUCUCGUCAUUGCUUGCCUCCGACGUUAGCUCUGUGACCGGCUCAGGCUUGCGCUCGGGAGGUAUCACGCUAACAAAUAGCGUUCCAUCAUCUAGCAGCACGGUAUCUUCUAGCAGCAGCUCAACAGCGACUCAGAUCAUUUCGAACGAUAAGAAGAGCACGCCAGUUGGUGCCAUAGUGGGCGGUGUCGUGGGAGGUAUAGCUGUCCUGGGCGCAAUCAUCGGCGCGGUUGUAUUCUUCUUGUUGAAGAACAAGAAGAACAAGCCUGCCCCGGUAGCUCCCGCAGCGCCAGGAAAUGAUCCGCAUAUGUCGCAGUAUGGCGCACCAAAUACCACGCCGGGAGGACCAGGAUACUACCAAGCUCCUGGCGCUGGAAAUACCGCGUCUGGCUAUUUCGCCCCAGCCACUGCAAAGAUGGACGGUUCCGACACAAAGUACGGUGGCCAGUCAACGAUUAUCGAAUCGAACGUGCCCGCUCUGACUCCCGCGUCACCGGCACCUGCGUACAGUGCGCCUGGCGAGCAAGGAGUUCAACAGCCCCAGAUGCUUCCAAGUCCAGCAGGCAGCCCACCGCCACAAACAGACCCAAGGUUUUCGGCUGUAUCACAAGCUCCCUCUGCAUACGUGCCUCCGGGUUAUCAAGCGCCGCCACAACAUACAUACGCUCAACAGCCUGCUGCGCCCGUUGAGCUGGGAAGCACUUACGCCAUCCCGACCCAGCAUCAAGGACGACCAGUGUAUGAGGCGGAAUAGCUUAUAGCUUCCUAGGCGCUUUUCCACUUCAUUAUAGGUCCAGACUUGUGUGCAUUCCCCACGCUCAUUUUUCCGAUGCAUGUCUCGAUCCUCUUCGCAUUGAUAACUCAUCGGUGAAAUUACGAAAUGAGCCAGUAUUCAAUCUCUUUUCAAAUUUGGUGGCCGCGUAUGUACAAUUAGUAUAUAAAUGUGGCCUGAAAAAGAGUCUUGGCAGAGAUGCGAAUGAACAAUGCAAAUGCACGUUCACUAGUGGCAGCUCUUCGUGUUAAGAGCUGAUCAGGGGGAACUAACGCACUGUAUUCAUCUGAUCCUCGAACUUGACGGCAUAGCCUAAUUGGCAUCUCUCAAGCAUGCAUAUGCCUCGAGAAAUGAAAAUAUAGAUGCAUCAGACAACCUUCGUACGUUACACACCGUGAUAUCAGAGUGGCU